CAUACUGCCUUUGGGUCUCUAGAACGCUUUGGCAUUAUUUCAUUAAACCUCAUUUUCUGGGUUAGAUCAUGAUGAGAGAUAAUGACUUUCCCAAGGCCACCUAGUAAGUCUCAUGUUGCUUUGUUCCUGACUGUCACUCAUUUAAACCUAACAAUUAAUCCACUUUACUGUACUGGCUAGUCAUUUCAUUAUUUCUCAGUCUCCACGACCAGUCUGCUGUUUAUUUAUUUAAAGCAUCGUUUGUUCUUUCAGGACAGAGUCCUCACAAUACAACCUGCAACAUUUUUUAAAAUUACAAUUUGAACAGCAGGCACAAAAUAACAACAGAGGGACAAUGCAAGGCAUUGACACCAACCCCGCAAAAUUGUGUUUGUACUAACAGCCUAUCUGAUCUUCCUUGGUCAGGGACCAGAGGUCAGAGUCUCUCAAGCUGAUGUGGAAGCCCGGGCAGAUUCACACUGUAGUCCUUCCAAUACCCUGGUCCCAAAACUGUUUAGGGUUUUUAUAAUCUAGACCAGCACUGAAGCUAUGAGGUCCAAAAUGAACUGGGAACCAAUGUAGGAUUGGUGUAAUGCAGGCUUCCUCAACCUUGGCCCUCUAGAUGUUUUGAAGCUACAAUUCCAUCAUUCCUGACCCCUGGUCCUGCUAGGUAGGAAUCAUGGGAGUUGUAGAUCAAAAACAUCUGGAGGCCGAGGUUGAGGAAGCCUGGUGUAAUGUGUGGAGCCAUCUAGCCCCUACUAGCAUCCUACUGGCCUCAUUUUGAAAUGGCUGAAGCUUCUGAACUGUCUUUAAAGGCGGCCUCACACAGAGAGCACAGAUAUACUUGUCUAGUCUGGUUGUACAUGGAGGCUGGCUUUCUGAAAGGGCGUGGGCCUCAUCUACAACUUUGUACUCUUCUUGGCAAGGAUAGUCCUUGUAGAUUGUGGCAUGUGGCAAGCAUGUCAGUGGGUCUGUGUUUGGGAAUGCAUGAAUGGCAUUUCCUGCUCAUUGCGCUUACUCCUACGCCAGUGGUUUUGCCUGUUUAUCUUGAUGCAAUGCCCACAGGUACAGCGACCAAUUCUUUCCCAAUAUGCCAGUAAAACCAUUGCAGCAGCAUGUAUGCUUAUUUUUCAGACUAGCAGAUGGGGGGGGGGUUAAAACUUUUAAUAUAUAUUUCUGUUAAUAUGUAUGUCACUCCCUUAAAAAAUGACUUUUAGCAAGUUGCGAAUCCAGCUGUAUGGGCUUUGGAUGAAUUAUUUCUUUUGUUUAACCAGAACCUCUUAUGGUAUUGUUGUUCCUGAAGAAGGCACACAGCAUUGUCGGCUUAGUCACUUCAUAAUUUUCUGCUGAAGCCGUCAUUUUGCGUUUCGAUCACCAGAGAAGGUUCUGGCAGACUCUUGAUGCCUGUGCAGGUGCAUGGCAAUCGAAAGAGCAUAAUAUAUGAUACAAUGAAAUGUAGCCACGUAGCCUAGUUUAUGGCUUUCCCACUGCACAUAUGUUUACCUGCGCACAAGAGCAGACACCAUGAGCUAAUGCCUUUAACAGCUCUCCGAACCAUAUCAAUCUCUUCAUGCUGCAUGUUGGCCAAAGACUCUGCUGAGCCUUUCCCAUUUCCAAGGUCUGAAAUGUUGGAGCAGGGAGGUCUCUUUCCAUUAUCUCAUUGUGGAGCCUACAGAGCCUAAUCCAAGCACAUUAAGAAGGCACCUGCUAUAUGUUCAAACAGAGGAAACAUACACUGCUUAUGUUCCCUUUACAGGCUUUGAGAAAACUCUUGUGGGCCGGAUGCUGUGGUUAAGCCUUAUGGCAGCUGUGGAGACAUAAGCAAAUGACUCAGUGGCUGUUCAGAACAGCCCGAGAGUUAACAAAUGGUUAUCUGCUGUCCUCUUUCCUGUUACUUUGUCCGGAUUGGCUUCUCUUCUGCUUGUGGGGCCUCACCUAGGGUUGCCAUGUUUCAAAAAGUAAAAACCAGGGCACCCCGAAAGAAGUUGAGCUUUUUUAACCUCAAAGAUAUGUGAUUCUUUGGGUUGCUUGCAAAAGAUCCAGGACAAACUGCCGCCUUCUGAAAAUUACCCCCAGAUGUCACUGCUUGUGCCUUUGAAAUCCCAAUAAUGUCUGGAAAAUCCCAGGUAUAUGGCAGCCCUACCUCAGCACUCUUGAAUGCAUCAUGCUGGCACAACUGAGAACAAAACUAGCUAGCAGCCCCUGGACCUGCCCUAGGAAAUGAGAAUCUUCUAGGACCUUCCGUUCCUGUUUAUUGAAAACAAGAAGAUGAUUCAAUCUAUUUCCACUUCUAACCAAUGAAAGGGACCGGUUUCACCUGUGACAGCGUAAUGGCUGAGUAUGACUUGCCAGAGGUGGGCUGCUGAGUUGGAAGCAGAAUCAAGGAUCUAAAAAGCAGUGGUUCCUGACUUGUUGGAACCAAGAAGACAAAAACUUUAAGAAAGAAUGGGAAAGUUUUAUCAUUUAUUUAGGAGACCACUGUAAGCAGAUGAGAACAUUGGCAGGAUUUUAAUAACACUUGUAAUGUAGCAACCACUACAGAUAAUAUGGACAGAUACAAAAUAUUGGUUAUGAAAUAAUGUGCAGUUGAAAAUGUUGACAAUAAGACUCAUGGAGGGGAUGGGGGAGGAAGUCCAGAGAUUCAGAGAAAACUCUAAAUUUGGAUAUUCAUUUGGUAUUGUUAUAACUCUACGUUUGUAAAAAAACAAAUAAAAAAUAGUUUCAAAAAGAGAUAGAGAAAAAGCAGUGGCUCCACAAACAAGGCUUCAAAUGCUUCAUUUUUGUGCACAGUCCAUUCAGUACAGGUAUUUGACAUGGGCAGCCUGCAGCAAUGCUGUAGAGAGAAAAUCCUAGCUCCACUGAUGGAAGCCUUAGAACAUAGCAUCAAGGGCAGGGCAACAGGAAAAGUCUGUCGCAGGUACUGGCUUAAGACUUUUCUGCACAAUUGUGGAGUGUGUUUGCCACUCCCUCCCGAGUCCCCACAAUGGAAAUUCUCAGCUAUUUGCCAUGAACUGCUCUGAGGUCUUCCUUUAAGGGUGUGUUUUUGAUAAAGGGGCAUGGCAUUUUCUAGCACUGUGUCUGCUACACUUUUUACAUGACAAAAUGCUAUUCUUCCUUCUGCUCAGCCAACGCUACCUUUAAACACAGACACAUGUGCGCUAGUUUGAUGAGCAACAAAGCAAUCUGCUCCUCCUGCACUUCUCUGCCAUUCCAAGAACCUUUAGAGUUUAUUAUUAUAAUGUCUUUCCUGACCGUACACUGUCCCUGCUGUGCAAAGCCAGCUCACCGAAUCCUGCUUUCAAAAUAAAAAAUUCCGAACAGCAGGAAGGCAACCCACCCCAUCUGCUAUAUAUAGGUGCAAAACAUUUGUUUGUUAAUUAGCUGUAUUUCUCUAUUAUCUUCCAUCCAGUGCACUCAAGAUGGUUUAGCACCCAAAAUAGUGUUUUACAAUCUAACAGACACAAUUCAAAAAGGGGGAAGGAAAGAAGAGGCAAAUAUACAGAAGCAGACACCAACUCUGACACAAUGCUACAUAAAACCUACUUAAAGAUGAAUUGGCAUGGUCACUAAGGGAGACGAUUCUGAGAGAGGAGGAGUCAAAAGGCCAUUGGUCCUACCCAGCCUAAUGGCAGUGGGUGGGGGCAGGAGUCACUGUUUCACUUCUCUGGGCGAUGUAGCCUGGAGGAAUGGCUGCAGGUGGGCAGUUGCCGUACAUCAUUCUACUGGCAUUGGAUCAGGGCUUAGGGAAGUAUUCUCAAGUAUUGAGAAUGUGACCCUUACAUUGCCACAGCUGCAAUACCUUCUGUAUUACACUCAUCUGGAUACGCUCAUCUAAGGCACUAGAAGCCCAAAGGGUAUUCUUGUGGCUUUUGUGGUCCCAAAGGCCACUGGAUGUGCUUUUAAAAACUGGUUGGAAAAAUACGCGGCAAGGUUUGUUGGCAGUGAGCUUCGUAACUGGAGAGCUGUCCAACACCAGAGUCUCCUGAAAGGCAGGGAACAACCCUAGGGAAAGAGGUGCUGUUCUUCUGUACUGUAGGGAUGGACUUUGGGGACAACUGCAUUCCUUUGACUUGACAUCCUACUUAACAGCCAGCUGAUAGCACUUAGAAAGCCGCCUUUGCCAUUCCUGGAAUAUGGAGAUAGGUCUAUGUGUCCCAGCUAAGGCUUGCUGCAGAUACGAUUCUUCAUUCUUAGUUCCUUCACAUUGUCUAUUCUUCUGUCUUUAGCAAACUCUGUUUUAACAUGCUACCAUGCUUCUCCUGUGGCCUCAGCCCUACCCUUACACAGAGUGCUUUCUCCAUUCCUUCCUUAAAGCGAAAGCAAUACACGUGACUCCAGCCUUGUUUUCAUCCUUUAAUUUCCUCGCACAUGACCUUGGUCAUCCAUUGGCAUGUUUAUAACGGCAAGUCUGCAGCAAAUUGGGAAGUAGAGGCUGCAAACAAGGAACUGAAAAUGUGUGUCCUUGUAAGAGAGGCCAGACAUUUAAAAACAAAUCAGUUGGAAAGCCAGAAGUAUGAUAUAACUGGCUGCUGUUUCCUUUGCUAGAGUUGUUGCUAACACACUUUAACCUACAGAAAGGUAGAAUCCCCUCCUUCCUUUCGUGUGUGGUUACAUGUGUAGUGGAGAUGUUACUCAGGUGAAACUAGACUUGACGUUAAACAUGUAUUUGAAUCUCAUGCUUGGGAUUGCCUGCCAACCUCUUUCUAAAAGUGACAGUAGUCGCAGAUCCUGGAUCAGGAAUGCAGCAGCACAGGGAAAAGGGAGGAUUUAAUCCCCCCCCCCAGUGCAUUCUUAUUGAAAUCCACUCCUGUGACACAAACACACUUUGCCGCAAGUAGCUGUGGUGAUUUACAUGCAGAGCCAGAGAAACAGAAGUUGGUGGGUAAAUGCAAUUUUUGGCAUAUCACACCAAAAGCACUGUGGGUUCACAGAGGGAGAGUAGUUGGUGUCCUGUCAUCAUGCUAGGAGCCUGUAGUACAGGGGAUUAGUACAGGCGAUUACUUACUCCUGCUGGGCAUUGCUGGCAUAAUCUGAAUGCAACUUCCACUACUUGCAACCCGACCAAGAAUCACUUCAUUGGCUUCUGCUUCUGUACAGUUUGGGCCAAUGGGGACCCUAGAGUGAAUUUUGGGGAAGUUUUCCACCAGGGAUACUUGCCAUAAAGGUCCUCCCAUAGUCUCACCAAGUUUAUUGCUUUUGCUUGGCUUCCUGGAGGCUUCCUCAGGGCUCAAAAUUCAAGAGCUUCUUUAAAGAUAAGUGACCAGACCUUAAGGAGACAGACAAAAUUUCCAUUAUACCGUAUUCCGUUCUUCCUCUGUAAAGAGUUCUGUUGGAAUCUGUUUGUCUCAAGAAAUAAUGGAGUGUGCCUCCAGGGAUGAAGUCAAACUUCUGUGUUAGCAAAGGAAAGCAGAGCCAGAUAAUUUUUUUGUUUACUUUGCUGCAUUAAAAUGUGCAUUCUGACCUUGACCUCAUUUGUACUGUUUUAUUUUGAUAUCUUUAAGAUAACAUUUUAGUUUCCUGUUAAUUAAGUUGCUUUGAAUGUAUACUUCAUAUUUGACUUUCUACUGUGAUGUUUUAUUCUGGAUUGCUUUAAUUGAUGUUUUAAUGUAGGUUGCAAUCUGCUUUGAGAUUUCCCCAUUAAAAAUAUAAAGCGGUAUUGAAAUGGAAAUAAUAAUAAUAAUAAUAAUAAAUGAUUUUGCACUAGUAGCAGCUUCCAGGCGGUCUUCCGGGGCAGUCCUACAAUAGAGUGAAUGGGCCAGGCAUACACAUUUUAAUAACUUGCCUAUUUUAAAAUAGAAGCCUUUCCCCAACCUCUCACCACCCAACAUUUAAUACCAACAUUUUUAGCUGCAACAAAAACUGGAACUGCAACAAAAACUGGAAGGACAAGCAAAAAGCAAUGGAAUAUUUAUUGCCCCAUCGCAUAAGAAAAAAAAGCAUUAGCCUAUCUAAGUGCUGAAUCUCAGUUCCUCCGAAUUUUCCCUAUGAAGCACCGGUAGGGGUCCGAAUCCGAAACGCGUUGGAUCUAUAAAUGUCUCUUCUGCUUUUCGUGGAACACCUUGCCGGUUGAAGCACUCCGGAGAUCUCGAAAGUUUGCUCACUAUUCUGUACCAUUUUGUGGUCCUUUGGGUCGCUCCUAAUAAAGGCAUUGGCUAACAAUGGAUUUGGGAGUUUUUUGCCUUAAGAAAUCCCCCAGAUAAAAAGCACCGUGCUUUGCUUCUGCGUAACGCAGGGGGAAACCACAACGCGGGUGUGAAACCACCGCCAGAAGCUCAAUAGGUUCAGCCUCCGGACGCUCUCGCGAGUUCCUUCCCUUCCUCACACACAGAGUCAGCCAGGCUGCCUGGAGUGACGCCGAACGCACGUAGGGAUGCUGCGGCGCGGACACCGAGCGCAUUGAGAUUGAUCCUCCUUCAACCAGGCCUUGCUGAUGAUGAAUGGAACAGCCAAUGUGAACGCAGCCGGACGAAGCCAUUAUGCCUCCUCUAUACCUGUUCCCAGAGCUGCAUCCCACAGCAAGAUACACACCCUGGCAGCAUCACCCAAAUUGCCCCCAAGGCAGAACACUGUGGGAGCUGUUCCCUCCCAGAGGGCAUCAUCACCCAGGACAGGGAAGGGGCUGGUUAGCUCGAGCAGUGGAGCUCCAAAAGGAUCCAAGCAAAAGCUGGUCCCAAAGACUCCAGCAGCUGCAAGCCCUGGGCAGGAGAAAUCGGAGGCGUCUGAGAGCCAUGGUGGGUCAGAUGGGGUAGACUCCAGCCUCAGCGUGAGCAUGGUGUCUGGCUGCAGCAGUCCCCGGGGGAUGCAGAGGUCCAGCUCCAGAACUACUGGGACAACUAAGAAAGCUGCUGUUCAAGCAACCGAGAGAAGCAAGGACACCCCAAAACAUGGGGAAGACAGUAGCAGCCGCAGUGCCAAGAAGGGUCUUGGGAAGCCCAGUACAAUUCCUGAACCUGCAAAAACCUCUCACCUCCCAGGAAAGAGCCCUUCCUAUCUCAGCUUGUAUAGUGAGACUUUGUUGUCCAGGUCUUCAGAGGGAUCCACCACAAAGAGGCCUCAGAGUUGUCCUGUAAAAGGUCAGUGGGCCUCAGAAGCCAAUGGGAAAGGAAGUGGAACGUCUAAGCCAGAGGAAAAACCUCAGGUGAUCUCACUGGACACAAGCAACCUCAAUAAGGGCCCUGUGCUGCACACUGGGCCUAUCAGUUUUUCCUCUGUGCCUCAGCACAACCAUCCCAUCAUGGCCACAGUAGCCCCGUUCCAUUAUCGGCGACAGGGUGAGAAAGAGAGGAGCAGCUCAUCUAAAGAGGAGUCUGCAUGUGAAGAGCAGCAGCCCAACCUUACUGAAGGGCCUGAGCAUGGCUUGAGAAGCAUGGAGGCUGGGCUUUUAAAUGGUUUCCUCGCGGCGGGCGGGAAGAAGAUGCUUGGCAGCGGCGGCGGCAACAGCAACGACGUCAGGAGGCUGCAGCGCGACGCGGAGCUAAGCGGCGACGAAGGGCCCGAGGAGGCGCUGAGGGGCUACAAGAAGCAGGCGUCGUCGUCGUCGGGCGACGGCAACCACAGGGUCAUGAUGCAGAAGCGCUCCAGCGCCAAGGGCCCCGGCGGCGUGGCUGCGCCCAAGGCGCCGGCUGAGCUGAAGGUCUUCAAGGCCGGCAGCGUGGAGGGCCGAGGACCGCUUGCCUCGAACCUGCGCAAGCAGAAGUCGCUCACCAACCUGUCCUUCCUGACGGACAGCGAGAAGAAGAUGCAGCUAUACGAGCCCAAGUGGAGCGACGACAUGGCCAAGACAGCCAAGGGCUUCGGCGGCCGGAGCCUCAAAGGCGGCAAGGAGGCGCCGCCGCUCAUGUCCAAGAACCUCUCGCGCUCCGAGCACUCGCUCUUCCAGGCCAAGCUCGCGCCCCCGGCCGCCGGCAACAAGCCUCCGCCGCCGCUGGCGCCGCUGCCCUCCAACCUGGGCAAGCCCAGCCGCAUCCCGCGAGGGCCCUACGCCGAGGUCAAGCCCCUCAGCAAGGCGCCCGAGGCCGGUAGCGGCAGCGACGACCUCAAGUCGGACGACGAGAUCCUCUCCAGCAAAGGCAAGGCGGCGCAGCAACAGAAGCAGCAGCAGCAGCAAGCGGCCACCCAGCCGGCCGGGAAAGGGGCGCCGUCGGAGGAGAAGGCUUUCCUGAAGGUGGAUCCCGAGCUGGUGGUCACCGUGCUGGGCGAUCUGGAGCAGCUGCUCUUCAGCCAGAUGCUCGAUCCUGAAUCCCAGAGAAAGAGGACAGUACAGAAUGUGCUUGACUUGCGGCAGAACCUGGAGGAGACCAUGUCCAGCUUGAGGGGCUCCCAAGUAACUCACAGCUCGCUGGAGAUGACGUGUUAUGACAGCGAUGAAGCCAACCCCCGCAGCGUGUCCAGCCUGUCCAACCGCUCCUCUCCCCUCUCCUGGCGCUAUGGUCAGUCCAGCCCCCGCCUGCAGGCUGGAGAUGCCCCUUCAGUGGGUGGGGGGUGCCGCCCGGAAGGCACUCCCAGCUGGUACAUGCACGGGGAGCGAGCUCAUUAUUCCCACACCAUGCCCAUGCGCAGCCCCAGCAAGCUCAGCCACAUUUCCCGCCUGGAACUUGUAGAGUCGCUAGAUGCUGAUGAUGUCGAUCUCAAAUCCGGGUACAUGAGUGACAGUGACUUAAUGGGCAAGACCAUGACUGAGGAUGAUGAUAUCACCACAGGCUGGGAUGAGAGUAGCUCCAUCAGCAGCGGCCUCAGCGAUGCCUCUGACAAUCUCAGCUCAGAAGAGUUCAAUGCCAGCUCCUCGCUCAAUUCCCUGCCUUCCACCCCCACGGCUUCUCGCAGGAACUCCGCCAUAGCGCUGCGCACGGACUCUGAGAAGCGCUCACUGGCAGAGAGUGGGCUGAACUGGUACGGAGAGCCAGAAGAGAAGGCUCAGAAGAAGAUGGACUAUGACAGCGGGAGUCUGAAAAUGGAGCACAGCUCUUCCAAAUGGCGACGGGAGCGCUCGGAAAGCUGUGACGAGGCUCCUGCCAAAGGCGGAGAUCUGAAGAAGCCAGUCAGUUUGGGCCCACCGGGGUCCUUGAAGAAGGGCAAGACUCCCCCUGUGGCAGUGACCUCUCCCAUCACCCAUACAUCCCAGACCCUCAAAGUGGCAGGUAAACCUGAAGCAAAAGCAACAGACAAGAACAAGCUUUCUGUGAAGAACGCCAGCCUGCAGCGCUCAUCAUCCGACGCUGGCCGAGAUCGGAUUUCAGAUGCCAAGAAGCCUCCUUCUGGGCUGACUCGGACCACGACUUCCAGCUCCUUUGGCUACAAGAAGCCACCUCCUGCAACUGGCACUGCCACGGUGAUGCAAGCUGGUGGCUCGGCCACCCUUGGUAAGAUCCAGAAGACCUCUAGCAUCCCAGUCAAGCCGGUCAAUGGAAGGAAAACGAGCUUUGAUGUCUCUAAUGCUGGGGAGCCUGGCUUCAUGGCCCCAGGGGCCCGCACCAACAUCCAAUACCGGAGCCUGCCACGCCCAGCCAAAUCUAGUUCCAUGAGCGUGACUGGUGGGCGCAGUGGUCCACGGCCAGUGAGCAGCAGCAUUGACCCCAGCCUGCUCAGCACUAAAGGGAGCAUCAGCGUCUCACGGCUGAAGGAGCCCUCUAAGAUCGGCACAGGCCGGAGCACGCCAGUGCCAGUGAAUCAGACGGACAGGGAGAAGGAGAAAGCCAAAGCCAAAGCUGUGGCCCUGGACUCUGACUGCAUCUCACUCAAGAGUAUCGGCUCCCCUGAAAGCACCCCGAAGGCUCAAGGUGGGCACCAGACUUCUGCUAAAGUGGCUGAGUUGCCACCAACUCCACUCAGGUCAGCUGCCAAAAGCUAUGUGAAAGCUCCUUCUCUGGCCAACCUGGACAAGGUGAACUCCAACAGUCUGGACCUCCCACCCUCCAGCGAACACCAGAUGCAUGGUGGCAAGCUGCACGAGCCGCACCCAGCUGCAGCGAACGUGGGCACCCACCUCACGUCGUGCUUCACGCCAAGCCCUGCUCCGGUCCUUAACAUUAACUCUGCUAGCUUCUCCCAGGGCCUGGAGCUCAUGGGAGGCUUCAGCAUCCCCAAGGAAUCCCGCAUGUACCCCAAGCUCUCAGGGUUGCACAGGAGCAUGGAGUCCUUACAGAUGCCUAUGAGCCUGCACAGCCCCUUCUCUGCAGGCAAUACAACUGCUCCCACCGCUGCUCCCACCCCUCCUGUUGUGGCUGCUGAGGAGGAACCCAGUGAGAUGUCCUGGACGGGGAGCCCCAGGAUCACACACCUGGACAGCUCUAACCGUGAUCGGAAUACAUUGCCCAAGAAAGGGCUAAGGUAUCAAAUCCAGUCCCAGGAAGACGCCAAGGAGAGACGGCACUCCCACACGAUUGGAGGAUUGCAGGAAUCAGAUGAUCAGUCUGAGCUGCCUUCCCCUCCUGCUCUCUCCAUGCCAUUGGUUGGAAAGGCACCACUCACUAAUAUUGUGACCCCCACGGCAGCCAACACUCCGAGGAUCACUCGCUCCAACAGCAUCCCCACCCACGACUCCACCUUCGAGCUGUACAAUGUGUCCCCCAUGGGCAGCACCCUCUCCCUGGCAGACCGGCCCAAGGGCAUGAUCCGUUCGGGCUCCUUUCGCGACCCUGUGGAUGAUGGUGAGAGUCCUGCACCCAGCCAGGAGGACAAGAGUCUCCUCCACAGUAAUAAUGUUCACGGAUCUGUACUGUCCCUGGCAUCGAGUGCUUCCUCCACUUACUCCUCAGCUGAGGAGAGGAUGCAGUCUGAGCAAAUCCGCAAACUGCGCCGUGAGUUGGAGUCAUCCCAGGAGAAAGUGGCCACGUUGACAUCCCAGCUUUCAGCCAACGCAAACUUAGUAGCAGCCUUUGAGCAGAGCCUCGUGAACAUGACUUCCCGUCUCCGACAUCUUGCAGAGACUGCGGAGGAGAAGGACACUGAGCUGGUGGACUUGAGGGAGACAAUUGAUUUCUUGAAGAAAAAGAACUCGGAAGCCCAAGCUGUUAUCCAAGGGGCCCUGAAUGGAACAGACAUUACACCCAAAGAGCUGCGUAUCAAGAGGCAGAACUCGUCCGACAGUAUAUCCAGCCUGAACAGCAUCACCAGCCAUUCUAGCAUCGGCAGUGGCAAGGAUGCAGAUGCCAAGAAGAAGAAAAAGAAGAGCUGGUUGAGGAGCUCUUUCAACAAGGCUUUCAGCAUCAAGAAGGGCCCAAAAUCUGCCUCCUCCUAUUCCGACAUAGAGGAGAUUGCCACCCCAGAUUCUUCCGCGCCGUCGUCCCCCAAACUACAGCAUGGAUCCACGGAGACAGCCUCACCCUCCAUCAAAUCUUCCAACUCCUCUUCUGUGGGCAUUGAUAACACUGAGUUGUUCCAGGCCAAUGAAGAAGAGGAGCCUGAGAAAAAGGAGGUCUCAGAGCUGCGCUCAGAGCUGUGGGAGAAGGAAAUGAAGCUGACCGACAUACGUUUGGAGGCCCUAAACUCUGCCCAUCAGCUGGACCAACUGCGCGAAACUAUGCACAACAUGCAGCUGGAAGUGGAUCUAUUGAAAGCUGAGAACGACCGGCUGAAGGUGGUUCCUGGGCCCUCGUCUGUGCCAAGCUCCAUCCCAAGUCAUGUCUUGAGCUCAUCUGCUGCCUCUUCUCCAAGGCGCUCUCUAGGGCUCCAGCUCACUCACCCUUUCAGUCCCAGUUUGACUGAUACAGAGCUUUCUCCAAUGGAUGGCAUCAGCGCUGGCAGCCAGAGGGAUGAGGUGACACUACGAAUUGUAGUGCGCAUGCCACCUCAGCACAUCAUCAAAGGGGACCUGAAGCAGCAGGAAUUCUAUCUGGGCAGUAGCAAAGUGAGUGGGAAACUGGAUUGGAAAAUGCUGGAUGAAGCAGUCUGUCAGGUCUUCAAGGACUACGUCACCAAGAUGGACCCUGCUCUCACACUGGGCCUCAGCAUUGAGUCUGUCUAUGGUUAUAGCAUCAGCCACAUCAAGCGAGUCUUGGACACAGAGCCACCAGAAAUGCCGCCUUGCCGGCGGGGCGUGACCAGCAUUGCUGUGACAUUGAAAGGUUUGAAAGAGAAGUGUGUGGACAGCUUGGUGUUUGAGACCCUUAUCCCUAAGCCCAUGAUGCAGCACUACAUAAGCCUUCUUCUCAAGCACCGUCGCCUUAUCCUUUCUGGGCCAAGUGGAACUGGCAAAACCUACCUAACGAAUCGUCUGGCUGAGUAUUUGGUGGAGCGCUCAGGCCGUGAAGUCACUGAUGGCAUUGUCAACACUUUCAAUAUGCACCAGCAGUCAUGCAAGGACCUACAGCUUUACCUCUCCAAUCUGGCCAAUCAGAUUGAUCGGGAAACAGGGAUAGAUGUGCCAUUGGUCAUCCUUCUUGAUGACCUCAGUGAGCCUGGCUCUAUCAGCGAGCUCAUCAAUGGAGCUCUCACCUGCAAGUACCACAAAUGCCCCUAUAUCAUCGGGACAACCAACCAGCCUGUGAAGAUGACUCCAAACCAUGGCCUUCAUCUCAGCUUCAGGAUGCUGACAUUCUCUAAUAACGUGGAGCCAGCCAAUGGCUUUCUGGUGCGCUAUCUACGCCGGAAGCUGCUUGAGUCUGACAGCGAUGUCAAUGCCAACCGGGAGGAGUUGCUGCGUGUGCUAGACUGGGUGCCCAAGCUCUGGUACCAUUUGCACACCUUCCUGGAGAAGCACAGCACCUCUGACUUCCUCAUUGGUCCCUGUUUCUUCCUGUCAUGCCCCAUUGGUAUUGAGGAUUUCCGGACCUGGUUCAUUGAUCUGUGGAACAAUUCCAUCAUCCCCUACCUUCAGGAGGGAGCAAAGGAUGGGAUCAAGGUGCAUGGGCAGAAAGCUGCCUGGGAAGAUCCUGUGGAAUGGGUGCGAGACACGUUGCCAUGGCCAUCGGCCCAACAAGACCAGUCAAAGCUCUAUCACCUUCCCCCACCCAGUGUGGGGCCUCACAGCACUGUCUCACCCCCAGAGGAACGGAGUGGCAAGGAUACUACACCCAACUCUCUGGAAUCAGACCCCUUGAUGGCGAUGUUGCUGAAGCUCCAGGAAGCAGCCAACUAUAUUGAGUCUCCCGACCGAGAAACCCUGGACCCCAAUGUGCAGUCGACACUCUAAAGGUGACUGGAUCAGGAUGGGACGGAGACUGGAGUGAGCUGGUCUUGGCUGCCUUUGCUCCUCGUUCUUCUUUGUUUUCUUUUGUAUCUGGAACCUGUGGUUUGGAACAGAACACCACAGAUGGACGAUGGAGGAGGCCGCUUGACCCUCCGCUGCAAGAUACUGCUCCCCCACCCCCCCAAUGAGUUUGGUGGUAGGAGAAUGAUGAUUUUUAUUCUUAGGCUUUUUGCCUCUAUCAUAAACUCCUGGGCUUUGCAGUAUGGCUGGGUGGGUGGCGGUGGUGGGACAUGACUAAAUCCCUCGAUCCAGGGUUCCCAGCAUCGGAGUUCCUGUAUUGGGUAAAGACUCGAGACCUUGUGGAACUGGCCACUGCAUUGUUUGCAGGGCAAUGCCAGCGGGCAGGGCAACAGGCAAGUUUUGUGGUUCCCUAACAUGAGGAUCUUUUUAUAAAAAAAAAGUAAAGAAAAGCAAAAACCCAGAAAGGAACCUGGAAGUAUCUGAGUAGAAGAGUCGCCGCUGCAGCAAUCCAGCUGUUGUCGUAACUGUUUCCCCUCCGGAUGCUUCCCUACCACAACAAACAUAGGCAAAGGCCUAGGACUGUUAACUCUGUCUUUGUACCCUCCUUAUUUAAUCUGCAUGAUCGUCCUUUUACAUUCAGACUUCCAAUAAACUCUGCAUUGUUUUC